AUGAAUUCGUCAAAUGAUAUAUGGCGCUGUCAAGAUCAUAAUGAACUUGUUGUAUUUCUUGCAAGAUCCAUUUCAGAGUAAAAAACAAUAAGACUUUGCCAUAAAUGUGUAAUUGACAAGAAAAAGGAUUUAACAUUAAAGAACUUAAUCUUAAUAGAUGAUGCAAAGAAAUACCUUUAAGAAACAAAGGCUGGAAUAUUAGAAGAAAGAGAAUCACUUAAUAAAUAUAACAUAGGAAUAUUAAAUGAUAUUAAGGAUAGCAUAGGAAAUCUUUCAUUGAAUUUCAAUCUAUUAAUUGAUAAAAUUAAAGUAAAUAUAGACUCUGGGAUAAAGACUAUAGAAGAAUCUUCAAUAAAAUUCUAAAAAGAAUUAAAUGAUAUUUCAUUCGAUCAAAUAGAAAAUACUAAUAUGGAAAAAAGCUCAAUUUUAUAUUAAUUGAUUAAUCAAAAAGAAUUAUACGAUAUAAUUUAAAGUCAAAUAGGUAAUUUAUUCAAUAUAUAACUUUUGUAAAAGUGUCAACAAUUAGUGUAAAGUUUAAAAGUUGGAGAAUAAAGUGAGACUUUAAAUUAACUAUCCAACAUAGGGUCAUUUAUUGAUUAAUAGACCUAGAUAAAGGCAGAUUGGAUAUGUGAUAAGCAUGAACAAGAAAUAGUUUUUGCUGAUUUAUCCUAAUAAAAAAGUAUUCAAAAUAGAUUAGCUUGUCUUGAAUGUGUGCCUGAAUAUCAGAUUUAAUACACAAAUUUAGGAUAGUUGUAAUAAAAGUGGUAGAAGUAUACUGAAUAAGCAUUGAAACUAUUUAAUUUUUAGCAAAGCAAUACUUAAAGUAAACAAACAUAAUUAAUUCUAUAACUUAAAGAGUUUCGAGAGAUAUUUUUGAAGAUAUUUGAGUAAUUAAUCUAAUCAAUUUAAAACAAAGUCGCAUUAGAAAAUAAUGAUCUCCAUUAUCAUCAUAAACUAUUUUAAAAGACAUGGCAAGCAUUAAGUAAAAAUGAUCUAAUUAAUAUUGUUGAACUUCUGAGUUCGUAAAAUAGAUUAGCUCUGGUUAAUCAACUGAUUGAAUAAGAAUUUUAAUCCAAAGAUUAAGCUAUUUAUGCAACAAUUUAUGCUCAAAUGUAACAACUCUAAAAUUUGAUAAACUCUACUUGUCUAUAAGUAAUUUCUUCAAAUAUGAAAUCCUUUGCUACAAAUGAAAAAGUAAAUUAAAAUAAAAUUAAUAUUGAAUCCUAAAUUUAAAAAUCGCUAUCCUUAUCAUCUUUAAUUCUCACUCUUUCUUUAUAACUUAAUAAAUAAAUCACACCAUAAAUUUUCAAACCAUUUACCUAUGAGAUAGUCUCCUAAAUCUCAGAAAGUAUUAAAUGUAAAGCAUUUGCAUUUAAUAAUGAUUCAUCUAUUUUAAUUGCAGGUCAAGAUGAUGGAUCAAUAAAGGUUUUUGAGUUUAAUUAAGGAAAAUUAAAAGAAGUUUAAUUACUUAAAGAACAUUCAAAUUAUAUUCAAAGUUUAUAUUUCAUGUAAAGAUCUUCUUCAUUUAUAUCUGCUGGUAAUGAUAAAUAGAUAAUAGUCUGGAGGAUGAAUAAUUAGAAAGAAUGGCAGAGUUAUCAAAAAUUAGAAGGUCACACUGAUAGAAUUAAUUGUUUAAUAAUGAAUAAUAAAGAAGAUUGCAUCAUAUCUGGUAGUAAUGAUACAACUAUUAAGUUUUGGGUUUAAGAGAAUUAGUAAUGGAAAUGCAAUUAGACAUUAUUAGAUCAUAAAGGCUAUAUUAGAUGUUUAUCAUUGAAUAUAUCAUAGAAUAUGUUGAUAUCAUGUGGUCAGGAUAAAUUAUUAUUAAUAAUCUAGUAAAAUAAUAAUAAUAAAAUUUGGAAUACAAUCUAAAAAAUAUCUGUUGAAAGAUAGGGUUAUAGUUUAUGCUUUAUAACUGAUUAAAUGUUUACAUUUCAACCUUACUCAAUAAAUAUAAUGCAUAUCUAUUAAUUAAACACAAAAAGUUAAUAAUUUAUUAAAAUAGAACAAGAAGUAAGCAUUAAUUCAGGUUCUGGUUGCUCAUAGUUUUUCCCUUAAAAAUUUAUUAAAGAGAAAUAAAUUCUACUAAACAAAAAUGGAUAAAACGUCAAUUUAAUUAGACUUCAUGGUAAUGGUUAAUUCAAAACAGAAUAAUCUAUUCAAAAUAAGGGCGAUUGUUGUGGAUUAUUUGGCAUUAUUUCAAAUGAUGGAAGCUAUUUAGUAACGUACGAGAGUUAGAGUAAAGAGAUAAAAGUAAGAAUAUACAGAGAAAAAUGA